GUGAAUUCGCUCUUUGGGCCUCUCUUCCUGUUCUCCAUAUUCAGAAAAUAGACUGAUUGAAAAAUGGCAUGUGCUUUUGCUUGUGGAAGCUCAAGUUUGUUGUUACUGAGAAGCCACGCCACGCCCAAGCAGUCAUCCUUGCGUUAUCCUUUGGCCGCCAAGGUAAGAGCAGAAAGCAUGGCUACUGAGAAACUGGGAAUCAAGGUGGAAAAGAACCCUCCAGAAUCCAAACUUUCUCAGCUUGGCGUUCGCCAGUGGCCCAAGUGGGGUUGUCCUCCUAGUAAAUUUCCUUGGACAUAUGAUGCCAAAGAGACAUGUUAUCUGUUAGAGGGUAAAGUUAAGGUGUACCCUGAUGGAAGCAAGGAGUUUGUGGAGAUUGGUGCUGGUGACUUGGUUGAGUUCCCUAAAGGAAUGAGUUGCACUUGGGAAGUUUCUGUGGCUGUUGACAAGCACUAUAAAUUUGAAUGAGAAUUUUAAUCUAAGGUUUUUUACCUUCUUUUUUUCAUGAUUAUUAUUAAAUAAAUAUAAAGGCCUGGACUAUUGUAGACUACCUAUCCUGUUAAGCUUGAUUACGAUCAGUAGUUCAGUACUUUGAGCUAGUUUAUUUGGCUGACUUAAUAAUAUUCCACUCUGUAUCUGUGUAUGUGCUCUUUGUAGUUCUGCCUAUAUACAAAAUUUGAGAUGUUUGGUUUUGGACUGUG